GGUGGUCAGACUAUUACAUUGCUUCCAAAGUUUGCGGCGUCUGCGGGCAAGUUGAAACUUGAACGCUGUUAUCUGAUGUUGAAAAGUGUUGAUGCUGAGCAUAAAAUCCUGGAAAUCUUAAAUUUUGAACUCGUCAACGGACUCUAUCCAGCAAAGUGAUGGCUUCAUACAUUAAAGGGCUGAGAAGAAAGGGUUUCAAGACUCCAACUAAAAAAACACCCAAGGCUGAAACUUCUAAUCAGUCAAGCGCGGGAGAGGCUAGUGGUCAGCGGGGUCGCUCAAAAACCCAGUCAUCACCAUCGUCGAGUUAUUCGAAAAGCUUCAACAAGUCUUCUCGAACUCCCAGUCCAAACAAAGACAGUCCAGCAGGAACCGCAAAGUAUUCUCCGCAUUUUAGCCGAAAGAAACGGAAAAAGCUCUUCCAAGAGUUACCAGAGACAGCUUCAAGCUCAGAUAAGACUGAUUUGAUGCCUGCUGAAGAGUCUGGUAGUAAAAAUACAAUUGAGUCGUUUUUCUCUCGGGCAAAGCCUCAGAAGCUGGUCCCUUGCCCUGUCUGCCAAGACCAGGUAGCUUUGUCUGCCAUCAACAGACAUCUCGAUAAUGGUUGUUUGGACCCAGGUAUGGAGGAUGAUGGUGAUGAUUUUGUCCAGAAAUCAUCAAAGAGAUCCGGAAGCUCAAAAUCUACCAACAAAAGGAAAAAUAUUAAAACAGCCAUCCCUAGUUCUUCCAGGCCCAGGAAAAUUGCUGAAGUGAAGUCAGAUUUGAAGGACAGACGGACAAGAUUGAGCUUAAGAAAGAAGAUGGAGUCGCAUCCACUCUAUGUAUUGGACAGGACGAAUACAGAUGCUGCCCAAUUUCCCAAACCUACUGAAAGUGAGUACGUGCCUUCUACAAUCACACCAAGGAGCAUGUCCUGUCCACCAUCACAGAAACUUGUAAGGAGUGAAUACUUUAAUCCAGAACAAAAUUCUAAGCACAAUUCGGAGAUAAUAAAACCUAAUUUGAAACGAAGGUUGUCAUCAACUCAUUCGUCUAAAAGCCUGGGUCAAACUGUUACUCCUUUGAAAGAAGGGGGUGUCUCCUUGAAGUUAAAUCAGGAUGAAGGCAAUCCUAAUCUUGAAAGGAAGUUGAGCAAUGCCAGUGAGUGUUCAACAGUGAUCCUCUCCUCGCAGAGCCAGGAGAUUCCAGAAGCCCAGGAGGAAGUCUUUGUAAUGUACGCCAACUCGUCAGUCUGCUACCCAAGCCAAGAGGCACCCAGCAGCGUUCUUUACGACACCUCGCCAGAAUAUUCCAAGCUGUCCAUUUCCAAAUCUGGCUAUCUGAAAUACGACAACAGGAGUUACAGGACGCCGCGCUUAACAUGCACGAGCAUAGCGUCCGACGGCGAAGACCCAGUCUCAGACAGCAGGGGUGCCAGUCCAACUUCUCUGACGCCAACUCCAGAUUCUCUGACGCCAACCCCAGAUUCUCUGACGCCCACCCCAUGCACCUCAAGCACAGACAGUACCUCAGGAAUCGGGUCGCAAACCUCCCUCAGUGGAACAUCUUUUCUACCUGACUCAACUGAAGAUACUCCAAGCACGAACAGUGAUCUUCUCAACAGUGAUGUUGUCCAAGAUGAAUGCUUAACCUCAGUCAUUUACGACGAGGAAGCUAGUCUAUCCUCCAACCCGUCAUACGAGGAGGACGGUGACGGCGACCUAAAGGACUUUUUAGAACCUCUUGCCAAGACUACCUCCAGGCCUCAAGAAAGCUCUCCACCGCUGCAUCAGAUCAGCAUAGCAACAUCUAGCAGUUCAUUCUCCGAAAGCAACAACUCCACCCAAGGUUCCUCAUUAGCAAGUACUCCACCAAGGAGGACAUCAUCGUCACGUUCGGGAUCCAGCACACCAUCAAAGCGAGCAGCUGAGGCAAGCAGCCCAGCCAACAGCCCCUGGAAGUACCGGGAUCCUUACUUCCUAGUCAACUUCAAGCUGAUCCUCAACACUGUCUUGGCCAAUGAGGACGACCGGAGCUUGUUCAGUGAUGAGGACAUGGAAGUCAUAGAUGCUUUCAGGAAUCUCUCAGCACCGUCACAGCAGUUGUACGUGCGUCUGUUUCAGCGGAAACAUGCCUGGCUGCAAGUCUCCAAGUUAGAUUACAAACGCAUUUCAGAGAACCUCACUCCAGUAGUAGCCGAGCUUCACGAAGCAGGCCUGGUACAAACAGAGAAAGAUCUGAAUGACUUUGAAGUGGCUCUGAACCUUUGCUCAGCCCCGGACCUGAAGACCCUUGCCAAGACACUGCAUCUGGCGCCCUCUGUUGGCCAGACCAAGCAGGAUCUAGUGUCUGCCGUCCUGAAGCAUGGUCGGCAGCAGCGCUCGCUGUUUGCUGUCAGCAUGGAACAAGUCCUAAUCAAAAAAGCCAAGAGGAUGCUUGGGUCCUGUGUGCGUCUUAGCAAAGAGCCCCGCAUCAUCUUCUCCCGCCUCCUCUUGCUCUUCUCGCUGACCACAGACAUGGAUGAUGAGGACAAGGCUAGUGGGGGAAUGUCGCAGCUACAAACUCUGCUCCUGUCAAACAUGGGACGUGUGACCUACCCAACCUACACAGUGAUGAGGACAGUCAAGAUCUUUGCAACAAGAGAAGACCUACUGAGAUACGAGACUGCUCUUCAUUACGAGACGGACAUAGCCACAGCCAUGAGCUGCAAUGACUUUGACUUGGCUUACCAGCUGCAACAGAAGGCCAUGAAUGUCUUUGAGGAAAUACAACGGGAUCCCAAGAUUCUGGACCAUGACCUGAAGCUACCUGAUUUUCUGCGCCGCUACACAGCCGCGUGGACCUACACCCGCAUCGCGUACACGGGCGUGGAGAUCCUGCAGAAGCAGCGGCGCUACGCGGAGGCUGUGGACGCGCUGCGCGGUCUCCUGGCCCGGACUAACUACUGCUGCGACAGUAGAGGGCGCUGGUGGGACCGACUGGCACUCAAUCUGGACCAGCACUUGAAGAAACCUGAAGAGGCACUUGACGCCGUGCAAGAAGGUCUAGCUGACAGCUACGUCAGGACAGGACACCGCCUGGCACUCCAACUACGUGCUCAGAAAAUCUUCAAGUCGGCCAGCAACAAACGGCUCAGGAAACGGCAGGAGGAGUUCACCUUUGACCCGGUCAGGGAAAUGCCCAGGGUCACCAUUGCAGGGCAAGUCUUGCCAUACCAAGCUCCGGGGAUCAAGAACACGUUUGUGCGAGAGUGGACGGGAGGACGCAAGCGAGAGGGCGACAUGGCGAUAUGUAGGGUGGAGGAGGUCGCACUGGAACAUUAUAGGGGAAUUGGCUAUCCCGAAGGUGUCCACGGGGAGGGGAGCACCUUCACGACACUGAUCUGCCUUCUCUUCUGGGAUCUGAUCUUCAUGGAGGGAGUUCCAGAUGCAUUCUGCUAUCCCUAUCAGUCGGGUCCUUUGGACAUGCGAUCAGACAGUUUUUACCACAAUCGUCGAGAAGCUCUGGAACAGCGGCUGGGUGAGAUCAGACAGGCAGACAGCCAGGAGCUACAGGACAGGCUGGAGACCAGCUGGACAGAGUACCAGGGAGAGCAGUGCAUUGGGGUGAGCUGGGACCUCUUCCACGAUGUCCAUCACGCCAAGGGUCUUCUAGUGUGUCUCGGUGGCGAGUUCCUGUCAGCAGUGGCUGAGAGGAUUUUGAGGAACCAUCGGCACUGCAGGGGCGGGAUGCCAGAUCUGACGGUCUGGAAUCCGGACACCGGCAAAUUCAAGCUGGUGGAGGUUAAGGGGCCCGGCGAUCGGUUGUCACAGAAGCAGAUUCUCUGGAUUGAUUUCUUUCUGUCUCUGGGAGUGGACGCAGAGGUCUGCCACGUCACUGCGAUUGGUUCUAAACGGCUGAAGCUAUCCAGAGCACUCAGCAGAGACAGCGAUGCGGCAAGCUCAUCCAGUCAGAACUAAAAGCCAUUUUUCAAAUCAGGGCUUCUUCUCCAGGUAUAGCUUCAUCUCCAUCUGAUGUUCAGUAGCAGCGCGUGGGUCUGAUACUGUUCCUUUGCCUCCCAGGGCAAGGAUCUAAAAA